CACGUUUGAUGAUUGGAAUGCAGUGGAGCUUGACACCGCAUACAUUUGUGUCAGAUAACAGAGUUGUAAGAUACACAGAUCGUACUCAAGUGAUAUAUUGCAGCGUCUAUCGUUGAUACCAUCGGUCGAAAGGACAUUUCUUGAGGAAGUUUACUGUACUAGACAGCAUAGGAAGUGCGAAGUGAUACAGGGCACUAUUUGGUUCGUUGACUGAGGCGAGGUGGACAGGUAAGAUCAGUGGUUAAAAAUAUUGCGUCAAAAUGUAAUCGAAAUUACUUCGCAAAUCAAAGCUUUGUUUUUCUUUACUGUAGCAUCCGAUUUUAACUGCUAACAUUUUACCGAAACGCACUACUGGCAGUGUUAUAUUGGAAAUCGUUUGUCGGUUUUUCUGGUGGACUGGUUGUUUAACCACAAGCUUUCUGCAAUGCUGAUGCUACUGACAGCUUCAUGGCUUUAACCCGACCUCUGUGUAGAGUCUUGACAUAAAUAAUUUUGUUUACUGAUAGGGAAAUAGCACAAUCAUUCGCGACUUUUGAAGUUAUUUCCUAGGCGCUUGUAGAUAUUAUAUUCUUUUUCACGCUAAUGUGCGUUGUGUGUAACACCUUUUGUCACCGGCCGGCCGUUUAUUACGAACCUUAGCUUGAUACCUCUUUAACUCCUCUGCGGAACUUCAGCAGUUUCUUCUGUUGAGUGUCGCCGGCGAAGAGUAUUUCAUAAUCCGGACCUCAGUGUUAACUUUCAAUAAUGUAAUACGUGCUCGUGUAUAUUUUCUGUCAAGAAACGCGAUCGAAUUGUAGACAUAUUCAUGCGCUACUUCGCGUUUGCAAUUCGAAAACAUCUGAAAUUGAAUAGAUAAUUGAUCGUACCAUCAUAAACUGGAACCAAAUAACAACAACAGAGAAAUUGGUGAGCUUAGAUCUCUGUACGACUUUUCAGAAGGACUCAAGGUUUGAAUUUUGAUCGCCAACACACUUAGGAAUGGAAAUCUGUUGAUGGAACGGUGAUGUAUUGUGAAAUAGUACAUUGUUUACUUUACUGCCGUGACAGGCUAUCGCUCCUUCCAUUCCCAUCAGCCGGUAAUACCCAAGAGCAAUCUUAAGUGAAAUGUUUAUAAGCGUAAUAUCAACUCUGAAUUUUGAUGGAGUAAUCUGUGGCACUAUAUUUUCUUCUGCCUUUGAUUUUUGGCAAUAAUUUUCGCGACAAAUCGAAGCGGGUUCUUUGAUAAACUCUGUUAAUCGUCGAGGCGCUGUGUGAGUUGUUUUAGCACGUCGUAUUUUUUUCUGUGGUUUUUAUGUAAAUUCUUUCCAUAUUCUUGUCUUUUCCAGAACAAAAUGGGAGGGUUAUGUGUUUUACAAAACGCUCUGAAAAGAGCUAGCAUUUUACCACUAGCUAUAAUUGAAAAAUCAAUUUUGAGACAGCCGAUAGCGGUAUGCAAAUGUGGAAAUUCAAUGUGUUUUGAUAGCUAUCGUAAGCUCUCACUCUCGAUGCCUAAGCAUGUUGAAAACAACUUUCAUUUUUCUUUCAGUCGUUGUCCUUGAGCAUAUACCCGUUGUAUAUUAACGUUUUAUGGUAAUUUUAAUUGUUAAUUAUUUAUAUUUUGCACCCCUUUUAUGAGUGUUAAUUCAAUUUUUAAGUUCUGUUAGUUUUAAUCACCUUUUAGUUACCCAGAAACUUUUCUUUUUUCCGACCAGUAAAACCCGGCCAGGUCGUUUCAUGCACUCUUUUUAUAAUGUGUGUUGUAAGAAAAGUGUUGCCCAUUAAUUUGUCUGUUGUCAGUGAUAGGAUUGCGUACUGCAAGAACAUUUCUGGCAUGACAUGUAAAUUUAAAAUGAUAAUACCUCUUUUGCCAAUUCAGAGUUACAGUAAUAAUCGACAGAAUAAUCUUUUUAGUGCUAAUUUAAAUGUUUGGGUUACAGUAUUUUGUCAUCCAAUACCUGUGAGCUCUCUAUUUGAGCAGUCCUCUCGUAGUUUCAAUUCCCCUGCAUGUCUGAGGAAAUUUUUGACGAGGUAAACAAAUCCUGCCAUUUUGCAAUGCAGAUGUAUGUUUCGAUUUUCUUGACCUUUCUAUUUGCAGUAGGUUCUUUAAUGAGGUUAGCUGAGGUGAAUAAUAAUUAAACAUCAAUGACAUGAUUACAAACUACAGCUAAGUGUAGCUCAGAUCUAUAGUGUAAUUUAUACUUAAAGAGCAUUUUCUGUUCCUGUCCAAAAAAAGUAGAGUAGUCUUCCUAUACUUCCAGUGGUUGUCAGAAGUUCAGUCGAUAUAAAGUUAAUUGAAAGCCCAAGAAUAUGUUCUUGUGCAAAUCUUUUGCUUUUACAGACUGUAAUUAUGUCUUUUAAGAGCAGUUUCAGGUGUUACAGUCAAACCUCAAUUAUCAGAAUUUCCAGAUUAGUCAGACUUUUUCUCUGGUCCCAAUUUUGUCAAGAAUAUUUAUUAGUCAUGAUCAAGAUCCAUAGCUAUAUUAUUUUAAAACUACAACGUUGAAAAGCAAAGGUGUUUGUUUCACUUUCAAAAAGCAAUAGGAAGCACUCUCAUGGGUCAUAACUAAUGAGUUCAAAAGUGUUUGUUAUGGAUGGAUAGACAGAACAAUGUUGACAGCUAUUCAGAUUAUGCAGCUUCGAAGAUGGAUGGAACUCUCAAUUCUCAUGCAAUGUUCUUUUUUAAGACAAACUGACUUUCUUCAUCAUUUAGGCCAAUGUAAAAACAUUUUUCAUUCAUUUUAGUUGUUAAUACACAUAUGUAGAGGUAUUCACAAUGGACAGUGAAGAUGUAGACCAUAUUUUUUUAAAAGUGAUAUGUAAAUGUUUUGUUUCAUGAUUAAAUUUUACUUUCUUAAUUCAAUCAGUUUGUGUUUCUCAUUAAUAUUCACAUCCUCGAUUAUCAAGACUAUUUUGUCUAGUCUCAAGGAGUCUGCAUAAUGGAGGUUCGACUGUAGUUAAGAUCAUAGGCACUAUCAUCUGUAUUUUCUUGAAGUAUUCAUGUACAUAUUAAGAUCCCAAAAUGUUGAAAUUUAACAUAGCUAAUUUUUUCUGCAGAAUGUAAUGAGAGAGAAGUGGUAAACAUGGGAAGUCUCACAAUGGUGGCAGCUGAUCCAGGAUCUCCAAGGUCUGUCACUAUCUGUUAAUAAUCAAAUGAACAAAUUGCACAAUUCUUAACUUUGUAAGGAUGAGAUAUUAUGGCUAGGACCAUGAGAUGGGUGGCUGUUCCUGUGGAGGAACACAACAAAGCUAUGUACCUCUGCAAGAAGAGGAGUCUGGUUACAUGUUUGGAAAUUUAGAGGCUUUGAAUGCUGACAUGAAAUAUAUAUAUGCGUUUUUUUCCCUACUCUGUUCAGAUCCCGAAUUGAUGUUAGAGAUAGAGAUGACACAGAGGUGAUAAAUAUUAAAAACUGUCUUAGUGGACUAGGUAACAUUCUUCUUGAUUUCUCUUUUAAUUUAACUUUGAAUUCAACUGUAACUGAUCAAUUAAGUGUUUUAUUGGGUCAUUUUUCAGCUAUCAGUAGCCAAUAGAACACGCAAAUGAUGUAUUUUCUUAAUUGUUUUGAAUUAUUUGUUAAGGUGGGAAGGGGGGUGGCAGCUGUUAGGAAAGGGACUUUGGAAAGGAAUAGUUUGAGAGGAGGUUGGAGGGGCUGUAUGACAUUUUGGAAAAUUUCCUGUGUUUUUAAGAGAGAGUGAAAAUUUAUCUUGUUACAAUCAUUCAUGAUCUUUAGUAUGACCAACUUCAAUCACUUUUUGAUGAAAAAUGUAUUGGGUCCUAUUCCUUAUAGGAAUAGCUAACUAAACAUGUAGAAGAUGUGUUUAGAGGUGAAGUUAAAAGAUACAAUUUAUUAUAAGUUAUUGGUUUUUAAUUAUUCUUAGGUAUGAAUUUAAUAUGUGAUUUUUGGAUGGUAGGGAGGUGUUACAGUGGGCUUUUCGAAGGAGUGGGUUAGGUUUGGAAAGUGUCAAAACAACUUUUACUAGGAUUUCAGAAAACUUAAUAUUUGUUUUGUGAAGAGACUUUGAAAAAAAGGAUUUAUCUUGUCGUUCUUUAUUUUGUCAAAUAUUGCAGACAUGAUCUAUGGUCACUCUUGUGGGGAAAAAGUUGUGGUCCCUCUCAGCUCUUAAAAUCUCCUAGCUAUUCAAUAGCUAGGAGGUUUUAAAAGAGGAGAGACACCACAGGCGAUCUAACUUAACCCUUUACACCCCAACAUCAGUAUGCAUAUUCUCCAUAUUAUGGUAUAUACAUUUCUUAAGGUGCAGAGAAGGAGAAUUUAUUCAGCAAUCUAGAGCCUCAGUCUCUAGUUUGUGAUCAUUUCCUUUAUUUUCUAAGGUGCAGAUAAUGAGAAUUUAUUCAGUAAUCUAGAGCCUCAGUCUCUAGUUUGUGAUCAUUUCCCUUAUUUUCUAAGGUGCAGAAAAUGAGAAUUUAUUCAGCAAUCUAGAGCCUCAGUCUCUAGUUUGUGAUCAUUUCCUUUAUUUUCUAAGGUGCAGAGAAUGAGAAUUUAUUCAGCAAUCUAGAGCCUCAGUCUCUAGUUUGUGAUCAUUUCCUUUAUUUUCUAAGGUGCAGAGAAUGAGAAUUUAUUCAGCAAUCUAGAGCCUCAGUCUCUAGUUUGUGAUCAUUUCCUUUAUUUUCUAAGGUGCAGAGAAUGAGAAUUUAUUCAGCAAUCUAGAGCCUCAGUCCCUAGUUUGCGAUCAUUUCCUUCAUUUAUGUAACCUUGAUGCCUGAUUCAGUGGUGGUGCCAUGAGGAGAAAUUAGAUCGUCGUCACAGGGGUCAAAGGGAUAAGAAUCUUUUGUAAUGUACGGUUUUAAAUUAUGUAUAAUUAGUAUAAUAACUUGUUUUUUAUUUUUGUUUCAAGGUAUAAAAAUUGCUGGUGGGAGAUCAGCUUUUGGAGCUGACUUUGGAAUCUUUGUCAAGAAAGUUUUAAGUAGAGGUGCAGCUGAUCUUGAUGGUGAGAAUAAGACUGUGAUGUAUUACAUCAUAGAAGCCUGGCACUGAAAGGGCUUGAAAAUUUUCUUCUGUAAUGUGUGCUUACGAAAAUGUCUGCUCGGUGACUACAUGGAGAAUUUAGUGUGGUGAAUGUUCAUGUGGGAAGUUUUAGCUCAAAUUUGACCUUGCAGGUUUUAUCUUUGUAACCAGUCUAUAGUAUUUCCAUUGUCCCUAAGAUCUUUGACAGAAUGUUUUUAUUUCUGUCUUUAUCAGGACGGUUAAGAGAAGGAGACCAACUCUUAGAAGUUAAUGGGUGCAGCCUGCUUGGAGUAUCAAAUGACAAGUAAAUUGCUAAUUGAUAAAUAUUAUUUGUCUCUGACAGUGUUGUUACAAAUCAGUGCAUAAUGAGGCAACAACUCAAUUGGCAAUGAAUCUAUUAAUUUUUUUUUCUUUUUUUGUUAUUUAGGGCAAUGUCGCUCCUGCGCAGUGCUGCCCAGUCUAACAAUGCAAAAUUGCUCAUUAGCAGAGAUGUCCGGGCUAGGUAAAAUGAGAUUUCAGAUUAAUUAUAGUAUUAUAAUUUAUAAUCAUAGAUAAUGAUUGCAUUUAUUUAGCCAUCAAAGUUCCACUGAUUUUGUAGCUCAGUUUCACUUCUUCAAGAGAGAGUCACCUAGAAGUUAUUAUGAAGUUAUUUGUAUCAUAAUAGAUGGAAUUGAUAUGAAAUCUCUGCAGUCUUCAGUGAUCAUUUUAUUAUCAGUAGAGGUAGUCCUUUUUUUUACCUCUGCAGUGAGAUAUUUACAAAAGGCCUGUUUUUCACAUCACUUAAUUAAGAUAUUAACACUGUGUCCUCCAGGCAAGAGUUUGCAAACUUGAUGACAGCGUUAAAUGGUGGAUCCACAAUAUCAGGUCUCAAUGGUUCAACAGCACCUGGAUUAACAAGGAGUGACAGUUUUGGUAGUUCACGAGCCUCGACUCCCUCGCCAACUAUGGGUAAGUAAAGCCAGCAAAAAAUGCUGCAAAAUGUUCUGAGAAGCAAGACAACACCUUCGUGUUGUGAUUUGAUUUUGUCUUGUCUGUUAUUGUGAUUCAUUGUUUUCCUUUUUUCAUAUGGUUUCAAAUUUGGUAUCAAACGAUGCUUUUGUGUUAGAAAACUUAUUUAGAUGACAGAACUGAAGUCUUUGCUUGCUCUUUGCCCUUUUAUGAUAUAUCCAAAAAUGUUUUCAAUUAGUAAAUAUAGUAGCACUCUUAGUAAUUUUACUGCAACCUAAUUUUCACAUAACCUCAAGGAGAGGCAGCUCUUAUCCUCUAAAACUUGAAAUUGGUUUGUGUAUCCCUAAAGCAAAGGGAAAUUACAUGUUACUGAUUACAUUAAUUUUAUAAAAGCAGCACAGGUUUUAAUUCACCACCAUUCAUAGCCUGGUUAUUAAUAACUUAACUUUCUUUUUUCAAAGGGAAACGUUCAUGGGUGAUGACUGCUGGGCGGAUGUCACCUCUCAUGGGUGGGAGACAUGGCAGUCCUGUCUUGUCACCCACCAACUCACUGGAUAGACCUUCAGCUAGUCUGCAGAGAAUGUAUUCCAUGGACCUACCAACACUUUCAGUGGGUCCUACUGUGGUUCAACACACCCCUGGUAAGUCUGUGCCUCUGCUCUUUAUCUUGGAAAAUAUGGUCACACUUUUUGAGAAUUCUCAAUUAACUAAGUUAAACAAUCCUUCCUGAAGGUAACUGACUAACUUGAAGGUGAAAAUUCACAAUCUUUCUUUAUUCUUUUAUGUUCCCUACUUCUGGAUUUUUGCUGGCUUGUCACUGAUUUGUGGAAAGAUUUUUUUUAGUUUCUCCAAAAUGUGAGAUAGGGUCAAGGGGGUAGGGGAAAGGGGCCCUAGGAGAGGUGGGGUCAGGAAAUUAGUGGGCUAGAACUUUCAGGGAGGGGUUGGAUAAUACCAGCUUGCAUGUCAUGUAACUGGGGCAGUUAGAAAACAACAGAAAAGAGGUAAAAAAAUUGAUAAAAGGGUUUAAAAUGUGAAAUUCAAGGCACAUGUGAAACAAUUAAAGCCCCUUUUAAUUACAGCCAUUAUAUUCCUUACCUGGAGACACCAAGGGAUUGACUCAAAAGGCACAAUUUAAAGAACAUUAUUUUAUCUUUUAUGUAGAUAAUCUUUCUGGCAGGAAAUCUUUUAUCUGUUAGUAAAAGUAAAACGUGCUUUGUUGUAUUCACAGGAGCUCAGGAACCUCCCUCUUACAACUCCAGUCUCCAAAAGCUGUCCACACCAGCAAGCAGAACACAGUACACCCGUCACCUAAAUGGCAAUGCCCAUUCUCCUGACGAACCACCUGAGUUCAAUGGAAGUGGACAUCUAACUGUAGAACAGCAAAGUGUUUCAUCAGAGUUCACUAAUGAUUCUGGUCUGCCUACUGAUAGACAUUCUAAUAGUUCUUCUCCAACAUUUGACCAUCCUGGUGAACUGCAGACCAUUCAGAUUCAGUACUCGACCGGACUUGGGCUGUGUAUUAUCGGCGGAACAAACAGACCUGAGGGGCGACAUAUUUUUAUUGAUGAUAUUAUUGAAGGAGGAGAUGCCCACAAGGUACAGUUGAAUGGGAGACUUUUUACUCUGUUUGUUUGAUGUUCAUCUUGUAUUUAUGGCUAACAAUUUUUAUUGUUCCUAUUCUGAUAGCGAUGAUAUUAGUACAAAUUGUACAAAAAAUAUCCUUCUGUUCUGGUUCUCAAGCAGUCUCCAGCAGUUUAUCUUAAAAAGGAAAUGCAAUAUUACCCUUUUGUUGGAGACGAGAAAUUAUAUUAGCCUUUUAAUCAAUAGUCAAUACCUUUCACCCCCCUCCUCCCCCCCUCAAAAAAAACAAAGCAAAACAAAAAAUGAUAUCCAGUGUAUUUAUUUGUUCAUUAAGAAUAUUUGGUGGAAAUUUAAAACCAAAUCUUGUCACCAAGUUGUGCAUUCAAUUUUCAAACAUCGUCUUUGUUUUCAGUUAAAAUCUUUGUUGGCUUGUAUGAUUAAAGUUUCUUUUUUCUUUUAAAUGCAUUUAUGUUAGAGAACAUUGUUAAACUUUGAUCUCUUCAAACAAAAAUCAAAUUUUUCUUUCGCUUUCUGUGAUAAACAAAUAUUUUCUUUCUCUAUUAUGAGAUAUAUAUUGUGUUCCCAUUGCAGUUUUUCCAUCUUCAUAUUUGUCAGGCAUCCAUCAUUUAUUAGUUUUUUUUACCUUUAAUUUCAUCCAUUUGCAAGUGUUAAUUGAAUGUUUCCUGUAUUUUCAUCAGUUUUUUUUUUCCUCUUUUGUUAAUUCCUUUAAUUUUAUAUUGAGCAAGUUUACAAGAGGCCUUGUCAUAAUUGAAUGUUUCCGGGAAAUUCUGCCCUCAUUUUACAGUUUUCAUUAGAGAUCUAAUUUUUUUUCCUCUUUUAUUAAUUCAAGGUCCAGUUGCAACUUGAAAUUAUGAAUUGUCCUAAAUUAACAUAUUUUUGCUCUGAAAACAAGAACUCUUUAAAGAACAUGAGAAAUGAUAGAUAUUUGGACAACUUUUAUUCUUGAGAAUAAAAUAUAGGCUUUAAAUAUUGAACAGCUGUCAUCUGACUCAUUGAAACACAAGGAUGCAUAUUUUUUGGUUUUAAAAAUUGGCAAAUUGUAUAGUUUUUGUCUUUACAGUCAAUUUAAAAGGUUUGGUUUUUUGAAACCUUUUGGUAAAAACAAAUUCACAAUCCUUGAGCAGACUCUCUGUUGGUGAUGGCAAUGACCAUUGUUUAUUUUGUAAAGAAACAGUUCAAACUUAUCAUUUGAAGCUCUUUAAAGCAUCAAAUGGAUUGUUUAAUCACCCCAUUGUGAAAAGACCAGCUCUUGAACUCAAAAUUAUAAGAUUCUUUGUCUUAAUUGCAUGUGAAGAUGAUUUGCAUUUUUCGGGUUUUGAAUUUCAUUUGAAAUUUAUCCAUUCUGGAUUCUUCUGGCCACCUGUAGUAGGUACCUGUUUUAGGGUAUAAACAUACAUUGAUGUCCAACUAAAUUCAAAAUGCAAAGCUUUAGAGCAAUACCACAUUUUUUCCACAUUCAAAGCAAGUGCAUUUUUAUUUUCCCUUACAGGAUAGAAGACUGAAAAGAGGUGAUAGGCUCAUCUGUAUAAAUGGAGAAACUCUUGUUGGAAUUACCCAUGAGCAAGCAAAAUCUCUUUUGACAAGACUCAAACUGAGGUAUUAAUUUUCACCAAAUUUUGUUUGUCUAAUUCAUGACUUAAUGUGUCUUGUGUUUUUCUUUUUUUUUUUUUUUUUGGUGCUCUGACAGAUUAAAGUAUCUUUGUCAAACAGCUCAGAAGUGUAAUCUAAGCUAACAGUGUUUGGCUUCCUGAGAGAAUAUUUUUUGCACUUUCACAGUCAAACAUGUUUUAUAAUUUUAUUAUUUUGUGCUGGACCAGCUCUUUUCAUUGUCAUAAAUUUAAAAGUAUAUUAACUCUUUAACUCCCACGAGUGACCAAGACAGAAUUUCUCCUUACAAUAUCUUUACAAUAUCAAGCAGACAAGUGAUGAGAAUAAAGAAAAAUAUAAAUUAAGGGAAUAUAAGUUGAUCCAAUACCAAAUUCUCCAAACAAACAUCACAAGAACUGUAUGGCAGACAGUAAGGAGAAUUACAAAUGAGAUCUUGGGAGUUAAAGGGUUACGAUUGUUAUAAAGUGAAAGGUUAUGAUGCCAGCUAUAUAAAUAUUUACAAUGGAAAAGGAAAAAAAGUUAUAUUAUUGGAAUGUUAUUGGAAAUGAGCUAUUGGUAGGGAAAUAUUUUGACACUUAAUAAUUUUUCCCAGAAAGUAUGCAAAAGACAAUUCACUGAAACAAUAAUUUAUAAAUAUAUAUAUGUAUAACUGUGUUUUCCUUUGUUGAUAGUGACACAUUAACUUGAGUAUUAAAUUUUGUAGUAUUAGACAUCAUAGUCUGUUGAAAACCAUGGUUUAAAUUUGUACAUUUUUUUCACACCAGCAAUGAGUGAUAAAAGGUUUAUCAAAGCUUAUGGACAAAGUGCAAAAUAGAUAAUAAAUUGGGUGUGAAAUUUCAAUGAAUGUUUUGACUGAAUCAUAUUACUGAAAAGACAACUGGUAUUUGUAUUGCAAUAUAAGAGAAGGCUGUUAAUAAAAUGUUUACUAUUUAUAAACAGAGGACAAGACACAGAAGUAACAUUUAUUCGAGGUGGUCAUAGACCAGGAAGUCAGACACCUAACGGCUCAGCAAGUCCAGCACACAACAGUCCCAGAGGGAACUCUGAAAAUGGAUUUCCAUCAGCACAAAAUUUUCAUCUGAACCUCAGUGGGUUAGACAACUCAAGCUCUCCACCUUCAUCAAGCAGAUCAUCCAGAGCAAGUGAACCUGAUUUAAGUAACACAGAUGUUUUUAUGAAAGAACUGUUGGUAGAGGGUUUAAACCAAUCAGCAAGGAGUGAUAGUAGGGAAAGUAGCUUAAGUGUCGAAACUUUCCAAGGAAGUCCGCAAUCGCAGGUAUCACCUCCUGCAUUAUCAGAUUCCCAACCAGCUGUUAUGCAACCAACUUCGCAUCCAAUACAGCCUGUGGGAGGUGUUAGGAACCAUUCAGUGAUGCCUAAUUCUCACCCACAGCUAGUUAAUGGUUUUUACCCAGCACCAAGUGUGGUCCCACAGCGAUUGUUUGGUAGUUUUCAGCCAGCUAUGUCAUCUACACCAACAACAGUUGAUAGUGUACCUAAUGGAUUUCCUGGGAAUGUGCAGCAAGCUCCAUGGAAUUCUUCUCCUCCCUAUGUAAAUGGAGUUCUUGGGAGCCAACCCCAGCUUAAUCAAACAUCUAUUCCAGUUUCUGGAAAUGGUAAGUUUUUGUUAAUAAUUUUAAUAUUUGCCAUCACAUCCUGUGAAUGCAUCCAGUUUUUAAUACUCACCCUUUAAAACUAAUGAAAAUACCACAAUGUUUAUUUAACAUAGAGAAAAGAAUUAGUUAAUGCAGAGGAUAUGCUCAAUACAUUUCAUCAUAGCACUCAAACUCACAAAUUAUGUGUAUGAAAUUUGUAACAUUCAUUCAGAAAAUGCUCUUUGAUCUAGAACAGUCUUGUCUCUAUGUUUAUUUAAUUCACAAAUUUUGUUUUCCUAUCUCACUAAACUUCAACAUCUAACUUUUCUUUUUGUCAGUAAUAUUUGUUUUAGUUUUUUUGGCAGUGAAAAACAUAAAUAACCAUUAUGCUUUUUUGAGAUAUAAUUUUGUAGGUAGAAGUGUCAAAGGUGUAACUGUUUUGUCAAAGUGAGUGAUUUGAUUCAAAACGAUGAUUAUAAAAUCAUAUAAAUUAUUUAUUAGGGACUCAUUUUUAAGUGAUACAAUUUUCUUGAAUAACAAAAUUAGUGUGAAGACUAAUUUCAGUAUUUGUGAUAUUAUUGGCCAGUUGCUUUAUUCAAUCUUUUUUAUUGAAUAUUUCUCUGAGGAUGCGAGAAAUUACAAAUUUUCCUUCUGGUCCUAAAUAGCCCAAGCCUGUAAAUUUUAUUUUGGCCAAAAUCCUCUUUAUUCUUAUCAUGUCUGUUGGAAUUGUGGAUUCUUUGCUGCAACCUUGAGAUGGAAAUUUAUAUUUAAUCACAAGGUAUCGGUAUUUAAACUAAUCAAACAAUGUACAAGCGUAGUUAUACGUUUUUUUUCGUCAGAGAAACCUUUUAGGCGAGUUUUCUCAGCACUUAAACUUCAUUAUAGGUUGUGAGCGAAACUUCAGUGUCAUUAGCGUAAGAAAUUGGCAAUUAUCAUUGAUAUAACCAUGGUGUCAUAUUCAUUACCUCAAGUGUUACAAACCAUGAAUAUUCACAUUAAUCAAUUUUAAAGAAAAUGUUUCAACAGGUAAAUACAAUGAAAUAAUAAAUUGUAUAGAAGGUAAAUAUGAAAGCUUUAGCCAGUACAUUUCAUGUCAUCCACGUUUCUUACAUGGUUUGUUUUCAUUUCGUGUACAUUCAACCCGGCCAUUGUGUCGUCUGCCAUGAUUUACGCAAAAUAAAAUUCACAACUUUGCUCAUUGUGACAUACAUUUGAAUUCGAGUAUUGGUGCCUAUAAACAACUUUUGAUUUAUUUCAUUUAAAGUGGCUUACAGGUUUAGUGUAAAGCAAGUUUGAUUAAUGCACUCAAUGAUGCGAGAGGCGAAAAUUCCAAGGUGUUUUUUGUUCGGAGUAGAAUUUAUAGAUUGGUUUAGUUUGGUACAGGGCUCUGCUAAUCGCUAGAGGGUCUUAUUGAGCUGAUGGCUCUUGCUACCAACGGGCUAAAUUUUGGCCAUUUCACGACCGUUGCGAUUAAAAGAAACAGUUAUUACGGCUCACUUUUUUACGACUAACAGUUGAAAAUUUGUUAAUUUUUACGCCUAACGGCUAACAGUUUGCCCCAUUGAGACCCUCCUGCAAGUUAGUGUUUCACAACGGUAGCUUCGUCCCCAGGGCGCUGUUUCCUCGGAGGCAAAAGCGUCUGGAAACGAGUUUGACACCAGGGGUAGUUAGUUUAGAAACAUUUUAUUGAAUAGGCAAAACUUCCUGUAACUUAUACUGUGUUCUUUACUAACAGGAGCAGGGCCUACCGCUGUCAUACAACCUCAACAACUACCACUUAGUUCACUCCACAUCAGCCCUGUACAGACAGCAUUUGAACCCUCGUCAGUCCCUUUCUACUUACAACAAGAUCUGGAAGCCCUCCAGCGAGUUGCACAACGGUACGCUUCACCUCCUUCAGGUCAGCAGUCCAGUCCAAGGCCUGUGAAUGAACAGCAGUCGCUCCUGACCACAACAGCUGCGGCUGGGAGCAUAAGGGCCAGGCGACAUGGGCGCGGUAGCCGGCGACUGUCACUGGACCCUCAUACCAAGUUAAAGGUGGAAAAAUUGGAAGUGGUGAGUUUACACCCUGCGGUGUAAAAUUUACAUCGUUGUUGCCUUUUAUUUAUUAAGUAUAACUGCGUUAAUAAAUUGCCUCAGAGAAAUGGAUUCCCUAUUUUCUUCUUCAAACCCUUACACCGUACGGUGAAAUCUUUCGGUAAUGACGUAAUAGCUUUUAUAGAAGUUAAAAAAAAAACAACAACAAAAAAAAAAAAACAGAGUUUAACUCAUGUCUUUUUUGUUUGCAAGCUAUAUGUGAAAACAAACGGUUUGAAUGUUGACAGCUUUCCAGGAUUGCGAAAUCUUUCAUGUAAAAUAUUACAAUUUUAUUGAUUGAAAAAUAUACGAUCAAAAACCAUGCAUAAUUUUUACCUUCCUUUCUUUCAUGUUUUCCUUUGAAGAGAGAUCGUAAUGAAGGUACAACGCUUCUUAAAAUACGGAUGAAGUUUUUCCGGUUUCUUAUAUCCUUCCCGAGUCAGCUGAAUAAACAUGCUUUGUUAAAGUUGAUUCAUCUGUUUGUUUAAAAAUUGGUGGAUUUAAAAUACUCCAAAGUUUGCAUGGUUAAUGUAUCUGCUGUUAUUAUGAUAUUUAUGUUUCUUUUUUACUUUUGAAUUUAGGCUUUGAGGUAUUUAGGAUUCUCUCCAACUGAAGACCAACAGCGUGAAUUGAGGCAAAGAUUACCGGCAGAUCAACACGGCUUUGUGUCCUAUGGAGGUGAGAUUCGAGAAAGGGAAAUUUGCAUUGGUUAAAGCAGCUUUGUGUAGACUAUUUGCGAGUCUACAUAUAUUGAGGCAACGAAGGAUAUAUUCGUUAACUUUUUCAUUGAAGUUUUUAAGUAAAAUUUAUCAAGCGUAACGAAAGGUAAACGUUUCGGGUAAAUUUCAUUUGGUAGUUUUCCCUUGCUCUUCUGGAUGUGAAUAGUUGUCUUUUUGUUUGGAGUGUCCUUGUUUGAAAACCAGCUGAUUUUUAUGUACGUGAAAACUUUCCGGCAAAGAAAGAUUUUAGGUGUACAAUAGUUUUUCAUAUGAUCAAGAAACGCUUUCACAGUUUGUCAUAACUCGAUAAGAUUAAAGCACCAGUGAUGCUCCAUUACACCUUAGUUCCCCUCCAGUCCCACCGUCUCUAUUUUGCUACCAGCUUCAGUCAAAUGUAUUAUUAUUUAUGUACCAUUUCAGAUUUCGUGAACGCAGCCAGACAGGUGUUCGCCUUUCAGUUAAAUGAUCAUUCUCUGAGUACUUCAGCAGUGCAAUUCGCAGUACAAGAUGUUAAUGCAGCAACUGCAACGACCGAAAUGGAAUCAUACGAAAAGGUUUUUAGGAAAUAAUUUCACAUCUUGAGAAUUUUUUAUCAAUUUUCGACGACAGGUCUGUAGUUCUUACUCGAUCUCAUAAUUUUUGGCAGUCUCUUAAGAACUGAUAUUUUGGCUUUGCUUCCUUAAUUUUAAAGGAACUGUAACCCAUUUGGCCUCAUAUUUGAUGUGACUGUUUUACCUAAAGGGGAUUUACGUUCCAUAAUUGAUUGAAAUUUGGUAGAAUUUUGAAAUCGAAAGAAACAACAUGACAAUUCAGACUUUAUAAAAGGCUGCGCCAGGUCUCUUUACAAGGAAACUCAAAUAAUUACAGGAGCAUGAACUGUAGAAAAGAUAAAUUUAUAUUUUUGUUGUUGCCUCGUGCGGUUUAAUUUCUUUCAAUCACGAAAGCUAUUCUUCGAGAGUUUAGGGGGGUCUUGCUAAACUGAAACGGUGACUUUUUUACUCACGUUUUCCUACGUUUGAGGGCAGCUAGGUUUGCUUACCUUGAGUUCUCAAUAUCGCUUUGUGACAUUUAUCUUUAUUUUGAUUGGCCGUUGGGAUUUGGUUUUUUGCUUUACAACAGUCCCUUCCAAACCAGGAAUGCAUGACCCUGAAAGCAAGCCUUCUCCCGAAUUCUUCUCGUGGAAUAGUCGCUUUUGUAAAAGUGAUUGUAGCCUUUUUAGAUACCUCACAAUGUUAAAUGUUCGCUAAUUCGUCUUUCCGCAGAUGCAGCAACGAUCACAGCUUGCUUCAUUAGAAGCAAAGGCGAAGCAGAAUGCUGAAGAUGCUCAGCGGAUACGACGAGAAAGAGACGAAGCGUUACGUGAGGUGCAACACCUAAAGAAAUUAUUAAAGAAGAAGGAGGAAGAUUGUCUGACGGCUGAGGAGGAACUCAUGAAAGCACGAAGGGUAAGAAUGAAUUACUUCAUGUAAGAAAUUUUACCAGCGUGCGACAUAGAAAUAUUCCGAGUCCCCAAUUGGGAUUUGAACUCCAGUUCCAAUUUUUUUGCGGUGGAAUCGAGCGGCAGAGGUUUCGUAGGCCAUACACUACGAUACAGCACCAAACCUUCCUAGGAUCACCAGUGUCUAACACAUCGUGCUUCGAGAUAGAACACGAUUUUCAAGCUAAAUUCUGAAUUUUGAAUUCUGCACUCGAUUUAAGAGAUGUAUUCAAUUAAGUCUAUGGCCUAAUUGCAAGUUAUAUUUUGAGUUAAGGAUCACAUGACAAAGGUUGUAGGCUUUGUCGUAGAGUUCUAUUCGUCAUGUUUCACUUGUACUGAAUGUUGCAAGCCAUGGUCCGGAAAGUUAUGACACAGUGUUUUCUUGAAACAGGAUGCGCAAGGUCUGUUAGAAGAAAGUAGAUCGCUCGAAAAGAAAGUUUAUCUGGCAUCUGAAGCCCAAAAAGCCGCGAAGGAUGUAGAACAAGACUAUGCGGAGGUAAGGGUUGUAAUAGCUUCAUAAUUGUUUCCCCCUCACCCCCUCCUCCCUGCCCUCCUUCUCUUCCCCUCCCCCCCUUAGGGCGAAGAUUAAGCAGUAAAUUUGUCAUCUGACUUUUCAACGAUUCGAAUAGCUUCUUUCAUCCAUGAGUUCGCGUGCUGAGUAAAAGGUCAUUCAUAGCGUUUCGGCACGAGUGUUUCUUCGCCUGCGGGAAAGUAUUAGGCGUGGAGCGAUGCGAACCGGCGAGAGGUCUUCAGGGGGUCAAGCACUCAUUAUUAGUGCCAGGCUCCCAGCAAACCUCUCCCGGCAAAACUCUCCCUGAUUCGUUUCCCGGGGCCGUAGCCAGACUUCAAAACAAGACCAGGCAAGUUUCGAGCGCCGAAGGUGCGAGCCGCUAGGGGAGUCUGGGGGCAUGCCCCCCCAGAUAUUUUUGAAAUCUAGAGGCCUAGAAAUGCUCUUUUAACCAAUACAAUUUUUUCUAGGGAUUAUUUUCUCAAUUAAACGUUUCUUCUAGCUACGACCCUGUUUCCAAUCUUCCCACAGGUGGAGAAGUGCGCGUCCCGGAACUCUAAUAAUGAGGGGGCCUGUAUUCAGGCUAGCUUAGAACUGUUUUCAAGUAACGCCGACUUAGGAUGCUGUACGCUAACAAAUCACUUCAGAUCCCUAAAAUAGUGACCAAUAAUCAGAUCAUGUGCCUGCGACUGUUAGUUGAUCCGCGCUUCCUGAUUGGAUUAUUUUGUGCUCUCUGUUACGGUUUUGAAUGGUCACGAUCUUUUUAUUGCAGGUAAAAUGGAUUUAAAACUAAAAUGUUCCUUUCCUUACAGGUAGUAAGACUUCUAGAGAAAGAACUGGAUACAUACAAAGCGAAACAGGCGGAACCAAAACCUGAUGCGGUGAGCAAACCCAUUUGCAAAUAGGUUGCUCGAUUUUCAUAACUUGUACACUCGGAUUUGAGUUCAUAUUGUCAGAGGGUGUUUAUCACAAGACGAUUUUUUUUGUAUCGUAGAAAGAACUCCAAGAGUUACAGAAGAGACUGGUUGUUCUCGGCUGCCAACUUCGGAAAGCCGAAGUUGGUAAGCGAACUUACGAAGUAGCCACGGAUAAACUGAUUCACUUUGCUGAGGUACAAAGGGGUGUUUUUUGUUUGUUUGUUUGUUUGGUUUUCUUUUUUUUUUUCAACAAGUGUAUUGUUAAUGAAAAAAUUAAGGGAACUUAACUGUCUUCUUUUUUGCGUUCAUGGAGGAGUUGGUAAUUGCCUUUCUUUCCGACUUCAUAACGUUUCCUAGUGGUAGUUAUAGCCUCAAGAUUUUGGCAUGAAAAAUAACUUUAUGGUUGAUUGAUUGACUGAUUGAUCGAUUUUUUGUUUCAACGAUGGAAAGAUUCAUUGAUCGAACGAUUGAUCGCGAUCAAUCGAUCGGUUGAUUCGUGUUUAAUUGAUUGAUUGAUUCGUUUCGAUGGCUCACUGACACUUUGUGUUCCUGGUAUUUGUUUGUUUCAGUUGGUCCAUGAAACUCUGUCAGAGGGAGGCUCAGGAGCGUAAGUUAUUAUUAGCGAAGUAUUCAUAAAACAACAAAUUGCCUCAGAACGAGCAAUGCUUCGGGCUCAAACCUAUUUAACUGCGAAGAGAUAAAGUGUUUAGCCCGAGACAUCUGAAAACAUUGCACGCUUUAAGGCUCUUUUUAUUCGUUUCAAACCGAUAUUUUUCUAAUCUGCUAGUAUGUAAGAGCAGCGCACGGAAAUAUUUCUGUUUGUCCUUCUAAUUUGCGUGUUGUAUUGAAUUUAGCUUGGGAGUAGGCCUUCAUUACUUGCGCUGCCGAACGUGCAUUUCUAUACCCCUGGAAAAAUUUGCGACAAGUCACUAGAGUCAGGAAGAGGUUUGAUGGGGGUCUGGUACUAGACCCCUCGUACACCUCUAGCCAACUCGCGCUGCUCAAGGCGUUAUAUUUUCUAGGAAACAUUCGUGCGAAAGCGCUAAUAGGCUGGUUAUAUCGAAUUGUUUCAAUCUUCAAGUGUGAUCAUCUGGUUAGCCUAUAAAAGGACUUCUGUCUGUUUCUGUGAACGGCGCAACUGACUUGACACUGAAUGUGAGCCCGCGUAUCUUAUUUCCAGGCUCCAACAGCGUGGUAAAGGGGAGUCAGUUCGUCGUGACGGCGGAGCCAAUCCUAAACCGCCAUCUUACAUGUCCCGUCAUUCCAAGUACACGCCGGCUUCCCUGGCAAAAGAAGCUCGCGAAACUGUUAAGUCAGUCAAAGCACUCAUAGAGGAAGAACGUAAGUUUACCCUUUCUGCCUUGUCAGCUUAUUUUUAAUCCGCAUUAUUUGCCAUUGCUUUUCUUUUUAAACAAUCCCCUCGUUUGGUUUAAGGAAAGAAAAGGUGACUUUGUGAAGGUUUUGCUAGAUAGCAAACAGAAUUCAUCACCAAACGAAUGAUUGCAUUUUUAAAGUUGUUUUACUGAGUUAUAAAAUUUCUGGAGUGUUAUAAUUUUAAGGCCCAAUUUUGACCUAUACACACCAUCAUACCACAAACCGCUCCCAUUUCAGCUGAGGAUCAGUUCCAAGUUAUUCUGAGGGUUGAAUUUGCGUUUUUUAUCUAUUUUUACAGCCCUUCCGUUUGGAUGGGAGGAGGCCUUCACAACAGAUGGUGUCAGAUAUUAUAUCAAGUAAGUAGUUAUGAAACAGACAGUAGCUUUUCUUCAACCUCAGCCUCAACCAACAGCAUUUAACGGUUUUGCUGUAAUUCAUUUUCGGACUAGACUGUGUGUGGUUUCUAACCAAGCCGUGUAAGAAUUUCAAGAUUUAAUGCCCAUAGAUAACCUUCAGUGAUAGAAAACAAGCUUUUCCGCUGGCAAGCGGACGGAGAUAAUAAAAAACUUUUCAGUGCCAUCGAUCGAUAGAUCGGUACAAAACUAUAUCUAAACCCUGUCAUGUCAAUAUCUUUGGUAAUGUCCAGUGAGGGUCUGAUUCGCACAGGCGACAUAAUAGUUUAAAAGCGAUUUCAUCCCCAGCCUCCAUGUUUUACGUUAGCUGCCUAGACAAGAAAGUCAAAGCGUAAUGUCAAAACAAAAGCAAUGUUGCUACUUUACGAAAAUGUUAGUUAUUAUUUGCAACCCACACAACUACCAUCCGAUCGAUUUUAGCGUUAGCUCUUCGUCAGACAAUUCGUUCUGACGAAGGGCUAACGCUCGAAACGUCAGUUUUGAACUCUUAACGGUGGCCAAUUUACGUUAUCAAUUCCGUUGAUAAUACCAAAUUACCCUGUUAUACUCUCCCAACGACACAGCACCACAGCUUCUUUAGAAACUUAUCCCCUUUACCUUCCGAUCGAGGCAGGUUAUUAGAUUUUAUUAGCGAGGUAAGCUUAAAAAAAUGGAAAUAAUAACUAAAAGACUGAGAAGAUUGGAAUAGAUCUUAAGAUACAUAAAACUUUGGUUUUUUUUGGUUUUUUUCAGGGCAGUCACUGACUUUCUGUCUUAAUUUCCUUUUGUCUUAUAGUCACGUGACACAGCAAACGUCUUGGCUCCAUCCUGUCAGUCAAGUUCAACAUUUGCCGCCUAUUGCAGAAAACGAAGACAACAUCAGAGAAUCGCAAACGUGACGUCAGUGCACCGCACACGCGUCACGUGAUCCCCAUCCAAGAGCUUGUGACAGUAGUGGUGUAAACUUCAGAAGAGCGUUAUCAAUUGUAAGGCAAAUGUAAACCAAAGAAUCGAUAACAGCCGAUCAUGGCCAUUGUGAAGAAACACGUGAAAACAAGAUGUGAGGUCGGCGCCGAGCCAAGGAAAUCAUCUGCUUUGUUUAGUCAUACGUAUAAAUAAUCGCGUAGGUGGCUGUAGCGUUCACAAAAUCUUUCUAAAAUUUGGAAAAGCUUUAGUCUGUAAAGAAAGUUGAACAUAAAAGUAGUUUAUUAUCCGUGGCUAAUUUAUACUGUUGAAAUGUUGAAUGCUGCUGUUGAAGCUGAACUAACACAUUUCCUAUAUGAGAGAGAAAUUUAAUCUAUAUUGCAAACGGAAAAAGGAAAAAAUGAUAAGAUUUUAUCAUCCAUGCGAUGCACAGAAAAAAUGAAUUGAAACGAUUACAAGCAAACUGAAAUGUAUGACUGUUUUUUUUUUUAAUUUUUUAUCAAGCUUACAGGAGCAUUUUGCCUUAUAUUGAUUGUUUUGCUUAUUUAUUAUACCUCACCCUUUCUGUUUUUGGUGUAGAUAUUGCAAAAACUUGUUUGUUUGAGAAUGGUGUUUUACAAUCUUUUCACUCCCAAUAUCUCUUCAUGGAUAUUCCUUACUCUCUGUUCUUUUCUUUUCCAUACGUUCUAGUUGUGUGAAUUUCUAGUAAAAUAAAGCAGUAUCUCCUAGCUGAUAUUUCUCUUUAGUCUCAUUGCUCUUCUCUCAUUGCUUGGAAAUGAAUCAUUGCCUUAAGGAGAACUAAAUUAUUUGUCACCCUUUUUAACAAACUAGACCAGUGUGGUUCUUUCUAGCCUGGCUUUUAACUAAGGAUAUUUCUGUAUGGGAGUAUUAAUUAUGUAUGGGAGUAUUAAUUAUGUAAAUAGUAGUCUAAAAUAUGAUUGCCUUAAAUCUGACAAAAUCUAUCAACUAAUCUUAUCAUGGAAUUGUUAAUUGUCAUUAAAUAUUAUAGGUUUGAUAUGGGAAGUUUUUCCAUUUUUCCUCCAUCUUGUUCAACCGGUAUAUUUUUAUAAAAUGAGUGCAGUGGCCUCAGAGAGUAUUUCUGACUGCUAAAGCAUGGUAGUUGGAACACAUCAUGUGAUCACAUCUUUGGCAUCUAUAUAGUGUG